UGCCACUUGUUUUGUGCCAGGCACUCUAGUUAUUUUUCCAAAGUCGCUUCAAAAAACAAUACACCAACUACAGAUUGCCCAACAAUGCCACCAUAUGCAGACAAUGUUGGUACCUUGGCGAUCUCCUCAGCCUAUUCCACACCCCCAUCUUGUGCGAAGCGAAGGUUUCAAACCAUGGUAUGGUGCAUCCCCAGAUCUGAGAAGACGUUUAAAGCGUUGCACGUAUUCCCCUUUUCAGCGGAGAUGAAUGCCUCUGGGAGUCUGGGGGCCGUCACUCUCCACAAAGUGUUGAAUGUCCUGGCACCAACAUGCUUAUCAUACCUGUACCGUUGGCCGACUAUUGACGACGAGGAUACAGUCGACUACUUACACUACAAGGGAUGUGAAACCACUCUCCGGGAGGGGUCGUCGUCAGAAACAGAUGUAUUUUGGAGGACUUCGGUCUACAAGUGCAAACCGGGGCAGGAAAUUGAUCCUGACGAGCUACCAAGCGAAGCCACGCCAAUAUCAGAACUUGGAGACAUGAUAUCGGAACUCACAAAGAUCCAGUUGCCAUCGAUGAUCGCCCAGAGAUUUACAUAUGACUAUUUCGUUGUCCUCGCCAUCGAUCCCAAAGUCAUCAGAUGACUCCGAUACCUCUUCAUCCGUGGGAUGAAACCUUGACAGCACGACUUUACAGAUCUCUCCAGCAAA